AUGGCCAACAAAGAAUAUACCCUCAACUUCACCGGCGACGUCAUGCUUGGCCGCCUCAUCGACCAACUCUACCCAACACACGUCUCCUCCCCCAACGACGAACGACACGUCCGCGGGUUCCAACGAAACUACACAGCUGAAAGCCCCUGGGGCACCGCUCUGCCUCUCUUGGCUGCAGAAGGAGAUCUGAACUUCAUCAACCUCGAGACCUCAAUAACGACACAUCCAGUCCCCUGGCCCGACAAGGCAUUCAACUAUCGCAUGCAUCCCGCAAAUGCGAUUCCGAUCCUGUCAGCGGCAAAUAUUGAUUUCGCGUGUCUGGCGAAUAAUCAUACCCUCGAUUUUGGCACCGAGGGGCUCGUGGAGACUGUCUGGACACUUAAGCAGCAUUCUGCCGUUCAUGCCACUGCUGGGAGAGGGGAUUAUUAUAGGGUUGCGUUUGCGGGGGCCGGGGAGACGACGGAGGAGGCGUUUGCGCCUGCUAUACUUGAACUACCGCGCAAGAGUCAGCGGAAUGAUAGCAUGACAUAUGGCAACAGGCCGAGUACCCUGUCCGCCGAAAAUCUCGAUUCAGUAACCCCAAAACAUCUAAUCCAUAUCUACGCCGCAUCGGACCAUCCCUAUGCCUGGAGGGAUAUACCCACCUUCCAUUUCGUAGACUACUCCGCCAAAGCGAGGGAACAUCUCAAACGAUUGAUAUGGAAGCAUUCCCCUCCUCCACUAGAAACACGCUCAACGGAGUCGUCGCCUGCCCUGAAGAUAUUCUCGUUCCAUUGGGGUCCGAAUUAUAGCUGGCAUCCGGCCCCAGAGAUACGGCAGAUGGCGCAUUUUCUCAUUUUUGAGUGUGGGAUUGAUAUUGUGCAUGGCCAUUCGUCGCAUCACGUCCAAGGGAUAGAGUGUCCUGCCCCAGGCAAGCUAAUCAUAUAUGGCUGUGGCGAUUUUGUGGAUGAUUAUGCUGUAAACAAAGAGUAUAGGAAUGAUCUGGGGGCGUUAUACAGAGUUAUUGUGCAGGAGCAGCAAGAGGGAGGGGUGAGGCCUGCUAGGUUGGAGGUAUUUCCAACAAGAAUAACACAUUUUCAGGCCCAUUUGUUGCAACAUCUUGCCGGUGGGGAUGGAGAUCAUGAUUGGGUUGUUGAUACAAUCAGCAGGUUGACGGGGGAGUUGAUGGGGUCGGAGUGUGAGUGUGGGUAUGGACAUGAGGAUAUGACGGGAAAGAAUAUUGUUAGACCUAGGCUGGGAGAUAGGGGGCAGCUCAUUGUUGACUUGGUUUAG